AUGGCUGAAAAAGAAGCGUGCAACCUUGGAAUCGAAAUGCCAGUCGACAUGAACAUCAAAGAACCUUUGGAGCAGUGCAAGAAGUUUACAAAGAUUGAGUUCGAGCACGUCCCUAGGAUUCAGAACGAGUUCGCUGACGCCCUUGCAACCUUAUCAUCUAUGAUUCGGCAUCCAAAUAAGAACUACAUCGACCCUAUCGAGGUAGAGAUCAGGGAUCAACAUGCCUAUUGCUUCCAUGUAGAUGAAGAACCAUAUGGUAAAUCAUGGUAUCACAACAUCAAGAGAUUUUUAGCAACCAGAGAAUACCCGGAAGAUGCUACUAAUGGUCAAAAGCGAGCACUCAGGAGGCUGGCAAACCACUUUUUCCUCAACGGGGAAGUCCUGUACAGGAGGACCCUAGACAUAGGUUUGAUGAGAUGUGUAGACUCCGCUGAAGCAACCAGAUUACUUGAGGAAAUACAUGCAGGAACGUGA